AUGCCAUCUAGAGACAGAUUUGACUCGAACUGGCUGCGGUUUCGAAAUCCAUCGGACAACGGAGCGAGGAAGCAUAGACGCCAAGUAUAUUUAUUUCCUGAGGACACAUGGGAAAAGAGUGAUAUCGAAAGAAGACUGAAGAAGUUCAGUCAUGACGCUGUACUCAGUGAUGAUAAGACUCUCCACGAUUUCCUUGAAGCUGUCUGCAUGGACGGUAUAGCUCUCAUUAAAAACGCUCCUAAAGGAUCCACAAAUGUCCUUCAAAUGCUCCACAUGAUCGAGAAAGCACAGGAAGGUGGUAACAACUUGUUCGUCGAUGGAUUUCAUAUUGCUGAGCAGCUUCGUCGAGAAAAGCCGAACUUUUUCAAAUUACUGACGACAUCGCCAAUAGAGUUUAUCGAGGAAGGCUUUGACAUCCACGAUGGCCCCGACGGCAGGCCAUCGAGAUUUGACUACAAUAUGUGCUCCCGGCACCGCACUAUCAAAUUGGAUGACAGUGGUCGAGUGGUCAAAAUCCAGUUCGGGAACGCCAUGAGGAGUUGGUUCUACGACUGUGAACCGGAGAAAAUUCAAGAAAUAUACAGGCACGUACUAUUAAGUGAUACAGUACUCUGGGCGAACACUCGCCUGCUGCACAGACGCGAUGCCUUUCGUAAUGCGCCAAACGUCAGCAGGACUUUAGCAGGAUGCUAUUUUUCCUGGGACAUAGUCAAGUCCAGAGUACGACUCUUAAAGCGAAGGCUUGAACUACCGUGCGCUCAGCCUUCUGCUUAA